AUCACGCGAGAGGAUAACCAUGGCCUGGCCCUUGGACGACUGGCCUCUAUAGUGGAGCAGGUUGCCGAGUGCCAUUUGGAGGGGCGUGAGGUAAUGAUGGUCACCAGUGGAGCCGUGGCCUUUGGCAAACAGAAGCUCGCCCAGGAGCUGCUUAUGUCUCUUUCGAUGCGCGAGACCCUCAAUCCCAAGGACAGCAAAGAGUUCGAUGGCGCCACCCUGGAACCGCGAGCAGCGGCUGCGGUGGGUCAGUCUGGUCUAAUGUCUCUCUACGAUGCGAUGUUCGCCCAAUAUGGCGUCAAGAUAGCCCAGGUGCUGGUGACCAAGCCGGACUUCUACAACGAGGAGACGCGCAACAAUCUCUUCUGCACGCUCUCCGAAUUAAUUAGCCUGAAUAUUGUGCCAAUCAUAAAUACCAACGACGCCGUCUCACCGCCGAUGUUUAUACGUGACGAUGAGCCAGCCGGCGGAGCCAGGAGGGGCAUUCCCAUUAAGGACAACGACAGCCUGUCGGCCAUGCUGGCCGCCGAGGUGCAAGCGGAUCUGCUAAUCCUGAUGUCCGAUGUCGACGGCAUCUACAAUAAGCCGCCCUGGGAGGACGGAGCCAAGCUGAUGCACACCUACACCAGCGAUGAUACCAACACCAUAGAGUUUGGGAAAAAGUCAAAGGUGGGCACCGGUGGCAUGGACUCCAAGGUGAAGGCAGCCACCUGGGCCCUGGACCGUGGCGUCAGCGUGGUUAUCUGCAACGGGAUGCAGGAGAAGGCUAUUAAGACCAUAAUUGGCGGCCGGAAGGUGGGAACCUUCUUCACUGAGUCCACCGAGAGUGCCAACACGGUGCCCGUCGAGGUGAUGGCCGAGAAUGCUCGCACCGGAAGUCGCCAGAUGCAGGCCCUUAGUCCAGCCCAGAGAGCCAGUGCCGUCAACACCCUGGCUGACCUGCUGGUGAGCCGCGAGAAGUUCAUCCUGGAUGCAAACGCCAAGGACUUGGCCGAGGCCCAGAAGAAUGGACUGGCCAAGCCGCUGCUUUCGCGACUCUCACUGAACGCAGCGAAAUUGAAGAACCUGUCCGUGGGCCUCAAGCAAAUCGCCGAGGACAGUCACAAGAAUGUGGGUCGCGUUCUGAGACGUACCCGCCUCGCCGAUCAGCUGGAACUGAAGCAGGUCACCGUCCCAAUUGGCGUCUUGCUGGUCAUCUUUGAAUCCCGCCCAGACUCGCUGCCCCAGGUGGCCGCCCUGGCAAUGGCCUCGGCCAACGGUCUGCUGCUCAAGGGUGGCAAGGAGGCGGCGCACAGCAACAAGGCACUGAUGGAGCUGGUCAAGGAGGCGCUGGCCACCGUGGGAGCCGAGCAUGCCGUGUCUCUGGUAUCCACCCGCGAGGAGAUCAGCGACCUGCUGUCCAUGGAGAACCACAUUGACCUGAUCAUUCCACGAGGCUCCUCGGAGCUGGUGCGCAGCAUCCAGCAGCAGUCCCUCCACAUUCCCGUCCUGGGUCAUGCCGAGGGGGUCUGUCACGUGUAUAUCGAUCGGGAUGCGGAUCUGAAGAAGGCCCUGCACAUUGCCCGUGAUGCCAAGUGCGACUAUCCGGCGGCCUGCAACGCCAUGGAGACACUGCUCAUCCACGAGGACCUCAUGAGUGGCGACAUCUUCAGCGACGUGUGCAACAUGUUGAAGCGGGAGGGCGUCAAGAUCUACGCCGGUCCCCGGCUGAACCAGCAGUUGACAUUUGGUCCGCCGGCGGCCAAGAGCCUGAAGCACGAGUACGGGGCUCUGGAGUGCUGCAUCGAGGUGGUGCCCAGCCUGGACGAGGCCAUUAAUCACAUCCAUACGUUCGGCAGUGGCCACACCGAUGUCAUUGUCACAGAAAACGAUGCCGCGGCAAAGCAAUUCCUGGGCAGCGUGGACAGCGCCUGUGUGUUCCACAAUGCCAGCUCGCGGUUCGCUGAUGGCUUCCGUUUUGGCCUUGGCGCCGAGGUGGGCAUCUCUACGGCCCGGAUCCAUGCCCGCGGACCCGUGGGCGUGGAGGGGCUGCUGACCACCAAGUGGAUACUCAACGGACAGGACCACGCCGCCGCCGACUUCGCCGAGGGCGGGGAGCGAACGUGGCUGCACGAGACCCUGCCGCUGGACUAGAAGUAAUCCGGGGCAUACUUAGUUGUAGGAUCCCAGUGUGUAGAUUGUUUUUCCAUCACCUUCACCGAUGCGUGGAGAGUGCAUUUUGAGCGAAGGGUAAUUAAAUGGGCGGUGCAGGACGGGGAAUCCCCGAUGACAGCUGCCGUCGCGGCCACAUGGGAGAAAUUAAUUUGAGUGAAAAAUAUUUGGCGAGACAACUUGUGUAAUUAAUAAAGUGAGCGGGAGGGAGUGUUUUCGGGGGUAGUUAAGACUGUCAGCCCUUGUCUUGGGCAAAGUUUUCAGCGAAAGUUGCGUUGCGUCGCCUUACAAGACGGGAGAAUGGAAAAUAAAGUAACGCCGAAAGGCGCCGAAAGAACUGCUCUUAAAGUUUCAA